AGCAACGUUUUUGGAAAAAAAAAAACAAUUUGUUAGCCAUACCGGGUAGAAGUAGCCAUGUUGAAGACCUGCCCAUCCGUCAGGACAUUCCCCAAGAGGAGAAGUCCCAAUGGGGGGGAAAUGCACUCGCUCCAGUAUCACCACAUGAAAGUGGGAAAAACAAAUACAGCGUCUUACGUGAGGAUGUGGAGGUAGCACACAAUAAGCGUUCCUUCUUUCAAAACGGUGGGGAAAACUACAACCAUGUCGCGGCAACGAGUCUCCGAAGUAACUGCCCUGCAAACGGAAGGUACCAAACCGUGUCAAAUGAUCGAACUGAAUUUGUUAGCAACGCUUUACGUAGACCCCGUUUCCACAAGAUAAAGGGACGCCUAAAUGUUCACACGAGCAGCAGUGUCCUCUGCUUUACCGCCUUCCCCGGAACAUGCCCUCAGGUUGAUUCACACAAAUAUGUGAAGGCAAAAUGGGAGGGAAGGCAGCGUGACUGUACCUCCGACAAUGAGAACCAAUUCAACUCAUCAGGUUUAACAAACCGUGGUGAAAAUGGAAUUUCUCCAAUUUUUUACAACAACGACUGCGACAGUGACGCGGACAUCGUUAGCAGCAUUGGGAGCGAUGGAGACUGUUCUGAAUUGAGGAACCCCUGUCCGGUCGGCUUGCAUACUGCUUCGGUUCCUCACCCGACAGAUGAACAACCGCAUAACGCGCUCGUCACUUGCGCAGAGGACGGAAGCAUCGCCUUUGUAAAGAUCAAAAAAAACAAGCUGACCUGCAUUAAACAUUUCCAAAUAGCCGACCAGAAAAUCGCAGCGACAAAUGUAUGUGUACACCCCUCCAGCAAACACUCCAUACUCUCCCUAACAAACAAUGCCAUCUGUUUAGUAAAUAACGAAAGGAGCGAAAUUGAAAAUUGGUACCACUCCCAUGACGAAAAAAUAACAUCGAUUAAUUUUUUGCACCAUCUCAGUUACGCGGACGAUCUGACCCCAAAUGGCUCCCCAGCAGACAGCCCUUUUUUUUACUCCACCAGUUUAGACAAAACGGUAAAAUUUUUCCAUUUGGAAAGAGGGAGUGUGUAUAGCGUAUUUUCCGUAAACGAUGCGAUUACCUGUUCGUGCAAAUCAAACAAGCAGCCACUUGUCUUGAUUGGAACGCGCUCAGGUUCAGUCAUAUGUUACGAUGUAAGAGUCCACAACAGAAGCGUAACCCAGUCAGCACUAUAUCAGAAGAACAUUUUUGACGAUGAAAUUUACGGUGUUAGUUAUUCCCCAGAUGAUAGACUAAUAGCAAUACAGUCCAUCGGGGGAAGAACCAAAUUGCUAAACGCAAAUAAAAUUAAUUUUUUUCAGUGCCUCGAAAAUCCAGAUUUUUUAAAAAAUGAAAAUCCCACGUGUGCCCCUGUUUUCACGACUGAUGGGAACGAGUUGAUUUGCACCUUCCCCUACACAUUAAUUGCACACGAUGUCGUGACGCAUUCUUACGUUAGUGUUGUUAAUGACGAGCUUGGCCAGAUAAACGGGGCGCACUGCCUGCCGGGCGGCAACCUGUGCACAAUUCACGCGGACGGGAACGUUGCCAUUUGGUGA